GUGCGCCAAGGGUAUAUCAGUCAAACUUUCAAAGGAUUCUGUUUUUUCUACACAAAUCUUUCAAAGGGUUCCACCAAAAAUCCCAUCAUUCUGACUUUAAAAUAAACCAACAAACCACGAAACGUAUCUACUACAUUCACCACAACGUGUCAGGUGCCAAAGCGAAGCUUAUAAACGUUGGAGCAUAGUCACGAAAUUUGUAAUGAUAGAUUUUUUUAUAUUCAUGAAAACUUAUUUGGAUUGAAGACAAAAACACAAAAGUAGCAUCUUCCAAUGAAUAUAUGCCACUAUGAUCUCUCAUUUCCAUUUAUAGCAAAUCAUCUUUGUCCACAUCAAAGUUAACUAAUAAAUAGACUUAUCCAAAACACUCAAAAGCAAAAAAACAUUUCUAUCCAAAAGACCUAAAACCUCAGAAAUAUAAACACCAUAAAAGCAUCCUCUUGCUUCAGCUAUUCACCACAACUGUUCUCUCCUCUCUCUUUUUUUUUUUUUUGGUUUGUAAAAUGGAAUAUAACCUUCCACUUCCAUUAGAGGGUCUCAAAGAAACAGGACCAGCUGCUUUCUUGACGAAAACCUACAACAUAGUUGAGGAUUCAUGCACAAACAACAUAGUUUCAUGGAGCAGAGACAACAACAGCUUCAUUGUCUGGGAACCAGAGACUUUUGCCCUAAUUUUUCUUCCUAGAUGCUUUAAGCACAACAAUUUCUCCAGCUUUGUUAGACAACUCAAUACUUAUGGGUUUAAGAAGAUUGAUACAGAGAGAUGGGAGUUUGCAAAUGAGUAUUUUCUAAAGGGAGAAAGACAUCUUCUCAAGAACAUCAAGAGAAGAAAGACAUCAUCUCAAACGCAAACGCAGUCGCUAGAAGGCGGUAGAUUUCGACUGGAAGGAGAGAUCCAUGAGCUGAGAAGAGACAGACUGGCUUUAGAAGUAGAACUAGUGAGACUGAGACGAAAACAAGAAAGCGUGAAGACAUAUCUACAUUUGAUGGAAGAGAAACUGAAAGUCACAGAAGUGAAGCAAGAAAUGAUGAUAAAUUUCUUGCUAAAGAAGAUUAAGAAACCUAGUUUUUUGCAGAGCUUAAGGAAACGUAAGCUGCAAGGAAUCAAGAAUCGAGAGCAAAGACAAGAGGUGAUCUCAAGCCAUGGUGUUGAGGAUCAUGAAACGUUUGCUAAAGCUGAGCCGGAAGAGUGUGGUGAUGACAUCGGUGAUCAAUUUGGAGGUGUUUUUAGUUAUGGCGAUGAGCUUCACAUAGCUUCAAUGGAGGAUCAAGGACAAGAAGGAGAUGAAAUGGAAAUGGAUAGUGAAGGAAUUUGGAAGGGUUUCGUGUUGAGUGAGGAGAUGUGUGAUUUAGGGAAACAUUUUAUAUAAUAAACUAAAGUAUAUUAUGGGA